AUCAACUUUUUGUUGCAAGCGCAGGAUCCUGGUGCCAAGAGUCAUGGAGUUCUGCCUAUCAUUGGCCCACAAAAAGUUGGAAAGAGCACUCUGGUGGAGCAUGUUUCCAUUGAUCAAAGGGUGCGUAGUUACCUCUCACAAAUUAUGUUCAUUAGUGGAGAUGAUCUAAGAGGUGAACUCAUGAUGACACUUGGAGAUCGUCGCAUCAUCAAGUACGGCAACAAAGACUUGAUUAGAGGAAGGGUGUUGAUCAUCAUUAAACUGGAUGUGGAUAUAAAUGAGGAUUUGUGGAAAAGGUUGCUCUCAGCUUCAAGAAGUCUUGUACCUGGCAGUAAAUUCAUUAUCACAGAUAGAUCCAAAAAGAUUAUUAGAUUCGGGACCACACUACCACUCAGAUAACAGUUCUUUACUCAGAGUCCAGAAGCCUUCUGGUACUUCUUCAAGGUGCGUAUGUUCGGAUGCAUGGACGUGGUCGAGCACCCAAAACUGGCAUCUGUAGCUAUGGACAUGGCCAUGGAGUUGAAUGGGUACUUGAUGUGUUUUAAUUUCAUCUCUGAAAUUCUGAAAUCAAACAUUGACGCUCAUUUCUGGAGCCUGACUCUUGCGAUCUGCAGACACUUCAAGCAGAAGAAUCCAUUUGUGUGUGAUCCACCAAAUCAGAUUGAUCCUUGGGCACUGACCAGACCAAUACUUAGCCCAACAACAAACAGAAUAUCUCCUGGGAACAUUUUAAUAAUUGACAUGUAUCAGACUGCCUCUGCUCAAAGUGGAGCUCAUUUCCUUGAAGCAUCCACUCGGAGUGAUAGCACAGCUCCAAAAAUGACCGUGAAAGAUCUGAUGUUUGGCAUGCUAAACCUCAGCUUGCUGCUUUUGCAUGGAAAUCUCACAUUCGACCUGUUUAAAUGUGAGCUAAAGGAUGCCACAGAGAGUAGCAUUUAG